AUGUCCGGAAACUUGCAACCGCUUGGGCAUGAGGAUUACACGGUCGGUUGGAUAUGUGCCUUACCGAAAACAGAGCUUGUUGCGGCAGAGGCUAUGUUGGAUGAAGAGCACCCAGUACUUCCAGCAGCUCAACCGGAAGAUGAAAACACGUACAGCCUGGGCAGAAUCGGUGAUCAUAAUGUGGUGAUUGCAUGCCUGCCCGCAGAGCAAACAGGCAAGGCCUCUGCUGCUACCGUGGCCAAAGACAUGCUGCGCAGCUUCCCAGCUGUUCGGUUUGGACUGAUGGUUGGCAUCGGUGGUGGAGCACCUUAUUAUGGUAGUCAAUCGGAUGAUGAGGAGUACAGCGACAGUGAAGAGGAGCUGAGUGAUGAUAUACGAGAUAUCAGACUUGGUGAUGUCGUGAUAAGCCUGCAUACCAAGGACACCGAAGCUGUUGUGCAAUACGACUUUGGAAAAUCGGUACAGGGGAAAGAGUUUGUUCACACCGGUGGGAAAUUGAACAAGCCCCCACUUGUUUUGUUGAAUGCAAUUGCCAGGCUUCAAGGACAACAUGUGCGAAAAGGCAACAGAAUACCAGAACUACUGCAGGAGGCACUGGACAAGUAUCCACUUAUAGCCGAUUCGUUCAGGUACCCAGCAGCUGCAAAAGACCGGUUAUUUAAGCCUGGCACCAUCCAUAUAGAGAGUAAGAAGUCAUGCAAGCUUUGCUGUGGGCCUGAUAAUAGCAACAUUGUUAGAAGGCCAGACCGAGCUACGACUGCCCCCAAUAUACAUUAUGGGACUGUUGGGUCGGCAGAUCAGGUCAUGAAGGACACCGUGCUGAGAGAUCAAUGGGCGGAGGAGGAGAACAUCAUAUGUUUUGAAAUGGAAGCAGCUGGUUUGAUGGACUCGUACCCUUGUCUUGUCAUCCGUGGUAUCUGUGACUACGCAGAUUCCCACAAAAAUAAGGCCUGGCACCCAUAUGCAGCCGCAACUGCAGCAUCCUAUGCAAAGGAACUCCUACUUUUAAUGCCUGGUCAAGAUGUGGCAGGCUUGACUCCAAUUAAGCAGAUGUUCAAUCAAUUGGGAAGAAUUGAAGAAAGCACAACAGAAGUAAGGCGCGCAGUCUUAUCCUCUCAAGAAGAGAAACAACGCAGCAAAAUCCUGUCCUCGCUAUCAACAUUGGACUAUAAUACCAGGCAAAUCGAUAUAUUUGCUCGACGAACAGAAGGAACCGGGACCUGGUUUCUCAACACCAAUUCAUUUAUCACAUGGAGGGACACGUCGGGCCAGGCCUUAUACUGCCCUGGCAUUCCAGGUGCCGGAAAAACGGUGUUAACAUCUGUUAUUAUUGACCAUCUUCGGCCGAAGCUUGCUGAUAACAACGCCGCGUUAGCAUUCAUCUAUUGCUCCUAUAAUGACCGCAACAAUGCCGAUGAUAUUAUACGCUGCGUAUUAAAACAGAUAGCGUCUCAGAUCCCUUCUCUCCCAGACGAAGUCAGGAGGCUUUAUGAUCUUUAUAAGUCGCAGAACAAGCCAACUCCUCGCACAGAUGAUGUUAUACAAACUAUACGAUCCGUUGCCACCAGAGUUUCUAGGGUAUAUGUUGUUAUUGACGCUCUUGAUGAGUGCUUAGACGAUUACAGGACUGAUUUGCUUGAUGCUCUCAACAAACUCAUGCCGUUGAUGAACAUCCUUGUCACUGCUCGCCCUGUCGCUUCGAUCAAGGAUUCGUUGCGUCCAGAUCUCGAGCAGCGUAUUGAAGCCGUCAAUGACGAUAUCGUAACCUAUAUUGAAGCUCAAAUCACCGGGAAAAGGCUUAAGCUUUCCAACGAGCUUCUCAAGAAGCCCGAACUUCGCUCGCAGAUAGUUAACGAGCUUGUGGCCAGUGCGAAAGGAAUGUUCCUACACGCUCGGUUUCAUAUGGAACAGCUCGUACCAAAACACAAUAUCCUGGAUCUUCGUAACGCCUUGAAGAAUCUGCCGAAGACUUCGGACCAGAUUUAUGAGAAGGCGAUGGAAAGAGUACAAAGUCAAGAUAACGAAACUGUUUCUCUGGCAAACAGAACAUUACAGUGUGUCAUAGGCGCAGUGCGAUUGCUUCAUAUCCGCGAACUCCAGCAUGCACUCGCAGUAAGAGAAGGAGAUUAUGAUAUCGAUGACGAGGCACUCACUGCACCAAACCAUCUUCUCUCAAUAUGUGCUGGCCUGCUUACAAUAGAUGAAGAGGAUGGCGUGCUCCGGUUGGUUCACUAUACGGCACAGGAAUUCUUCAAGAAACACGAGCACAGAUAUUUCUCCGAUAUUCAGGAGGAGCUUACAUCUAUCUGCCUAACCUAUCUAUCCCUCGGGGUAUUGGAUGUCUAUUGCCAGGAUGAUAAUGAUUGGUGGUGGAUUGACAACUACGUGCUUCUUGAAUAUGCAGCUAUGAACCUGGGGGAGCACGCUUCUGGAGGGAUUAAGGGUGCCAUGCUGCAGACAGCCGUAAGCCUGUUUUUAAACGAGACCAAAGUGACUGUUGUAGCGGACAUGGCGCUUGCGGGACACCCAGACUCGUGGGUCCGGGGCUCUCCUAAUGGUAUCACUGGCAUCCACUAUGCAUCGUACUUGGGAUUGGCAGAUGUCGUUGGCCAGUUACUCGAGCAAGUCGGGGAGGAAAUCGACCGGAAGGAUACGUGGGCCCGAUCGCCGCUAUCAUGGGCUGCAGAGGGGGGCCACGCGGCAGUAGUAAAAUUACUCCUUGACACUGACAAGGUGGCGUUGGAUUCAAGAGAUCAUGAGGGCCAGACACCCUUAUUAUAUGCUGCAGAUGGGGGUCAUGAAGCAGUCGUGAAACUACUGCUUGACAGGAAGAAGGUGAAUAUAGAUUUAAAAGAUCCAUGGGGACGGACCCCCUUAUUAUUAGCUACACAGGGUGGCCACGAGGCAGUAGUAAAGCUACUCCUUGAGACUGGCAAGGUGGAUAUAGACUCAAGAACUGAUGAGGGUCGGACACCCUUAUCAUUUGCUGCAUGGAAGGGUCAUGAGGCAGUAGUGAAGCUACUCCUUGAGACUGGCAAGGUGGAUAUAGACUCAAAAGACUUUAAGAGUUGGACACCUUUGAGAUGGGCGGAGGAAUAUGGCCACAAGGGGGUGGUAGCGCUACUUUAUCACGAAAACAAGAUGGAUGUGGACACAGAAUGUUUGGAUGGCUAG